GUUAUUUGUGGUUUUUUCACAUUCUCUGUCCUGCGCUGAAGUGUGACGUGCUCUACCUUCGGUGACCUCUGCUGUGCCCCAGGAGGACAGCCUGGAGGAAGAGGGAAUGGCUCCUGCCCUGACAGCCAGGCACGGGAAGGAAUUAGUGACAUUCAAGGAUGUGGCUGUGGAAUUCACUCAGGAGGAGUGGGUACAAUUGAACCCAUCUCAGAAAAAGCUGUACAGGGAUGUGAUGCUGGAGAACUAUAGGAACUUGGUCUGUUUGGGAUUUGCAGUUUCCAAACCGGAUGUGAUCUACCAGAUGGAAAGAAAGAAAGCAUCUUGGAUACCAGAGGCAGAUAUUCCAAGAAGCAGCUUUCCAGAGAGCAGAGAAUUUACUGGAGAUAAACCUCUUGGAUGUAGUGAAUGUGGGAAUGCCUUCAGGAGCAAGGAGCAUCUUGCUGUGCAUCAUAAAAUUUCUACUGGAGAGUUUGUUUCUCAACUUAAGCAGUGUGGGAAGGCUUUUCUCUACAACUCAGAAUUUCUUCGACAUAAAAAACUUCAUACUGGAGAGAAACCUUAUGAAUGUACUGAAUGUGGAAAGGCCUUCAGGAAAAACUCACAACUUAUAAUGCAUCAGAGAAUUCAUAUUGGAGAUAUUCUUUAUGAAUGUAAGGAGUGUGGGAAAGCUUUUCUUUACAACUCAGAAUUUGUUCAACAUCAAAGAAUUCAUACAGGAGAGAAACCUUAUGAAUGUAGUGAAUGUGGAAGAGCCUUCAGGAGGAAGGAACAUCUUACUGUGCAUCAGAAAAUUCAUACUGGAGAGAAGCCUUAUGAAUGUAGUGUAUGUGGGAAAGCCUUCAGAAGUAAGGGACAUCAUACUGAGCAUCAGAAAAUUCAUACUAGAAACAUUCUUUAUGAAUGUAAGGAGUGUGGGAAGGGUUUCCUCUACAACUCAGGUCUUAUUCAACAUCAAAAAAUUCAUACUGGAGAGAAACCUUAUGAAUGUAGUGAAUGUAUGGAGGCCUUCAGGAGUAAGACACUACUUUCUGUGCACCAGAGGAUUCAUACUGGAGAGAUGCUUUAUAAAUGUAAGGCUUGUGGGAAAGCCUUUCUUUACAAUUCAGAACUUAUUCGACAUCAAAGAGUUCAUACUGGAGAGAAACCUUAUGAAUGUAGUGAAUGUGGGAAGGCCUUCAGGAUUAAGACACAACUUACUGUGCAUCAGAAAAUUCAUAUUGGAGACAUUCUUUUUGAAUGUAAGGAGUGUGGGAAGGCUUUCCCAUAUAACUCAGGUCUUAUUCGACAUCAAAGAAUUCAUACUGGCGAGAAACCUUAUCAAUGUACUGUAUGUGGUAAGAACUUCAUGAGUAAGUCACAGCUUACUGUGCAUCAGAGAAUUCAUACUGAAUAGAAUACUUAGUAAUGUAGUCAGUGUCAGAAGGCUUUCAAGACAAAGGCACAUCUUAAAAAUUCGUAUUGGAGAUAUCCUUUAUAAAUUUAAGAGUGUGGGAAGGCUAUCCUCUACAACUCAAAUCUUGACAUCAAAGUGUUCAUAUUGGAAAGAAAUCUUAUGAAUGUAAUGAAUGUGGGACCAUCUUCAGAGUGAGGAUACAGCUUACUCAACACCAAAGAACUCAUUCAGGAAAGAAACCUUAAGAGUGUAAUGCAUGUAGGAAGGCCUUUGGACUGAGGACACUACUUUAUGUCCAUCAGAGAAUUCAUACUAGAGUGAGUCUUCAUGAAUGGAAGAAGUAUGGGAAGAUUCCCCCAGCUGACUGGACUGUGAUUCUGAGUCCCUAGAUGCAGUUCAGAGAGUCCUUAUUUAGGCUUCAUGGGAGAAGAGAUCCCUGCCUUCUCCAGAGGCCUCUAAAGGAGCAAAGAUUUAGUGUUAUCCUCCCAUGGACCUUCAGGGAGGGAAAGGUUCUGCUGGUUGAGCAGAGGUUACUGCUGGUAGUAUUGGGAGAGCCUUAGUAUUAACUUUGAUCCCUGGGCAUAUGACAUGCAAGAUACUUGGGGAUGACCUUGGCCAUGAGGUAAGCCUGAGCCUAAUGGGUGAUGAAUAAUUGUUGACGGUGCUUGAGGAAUAUAUCAUAAUCUGAGCUGUGUUCCUGAUGUUGCUGGUGCUGCUUCUGCUUUUUAUGUUCAUUUGGGUAGCCACUGUGGACCGUAAAGACUUGGAAUCAUAAAUGAUAAUUAAUAUAAAUACAGAGAAGUCAAUUCAACCUUUAAAUGUACAUGUAAAUGUAACUGGUCCUAUAUUCCUAAAAUGAUAUAUGAUGGUAGCUAAUGUUCUUGAGGCCCUUUCUAGUUUACAUUACACAGGAUGCCUCAGAAGUCUUAGUGUAUUAACAUGUUACCAAAACUUAAAUUGUAUUAUGUUUUAUCUUCCUAGAACAAUAGAAUCUCAUGAUUAUGAAAAUGGGAGAAAUCCUCCAAAGCUCAUUAUGGAUUCCAGUUUUUGGUUAUUGUCCUUUCAGUACCACCCCUUUCAGUACCUUUCUCCUGUGACCCUCUCUUUGCCUCUCUUUUCUUCUGUACUUUGUGUGUUGUGUCCAAGUUUCCCUGGACAUUUUGCUCAGUAUCAUUCAAGGCCAUCGUUCUUGCCAUUUCCCUUAAAAGUUUUGUUUCCUUGGGGUGUUUCUGUGGUUGGCAGAGUGUCCAGACAACAGGUAGCUUGUUUUCCUGGUGAACCCCUCAUCACCAUUUUCUUGAAAGCCCCACAGGUCAUUGAAGAUACUCUGCCCCUGCCUUAGCAGCCAUGAUUCCAGUGUUUCUAUCUCUUAUCAUCUACAUCCUUUCUUGAUCUUAGAUGUGUGAAUAUCAGAGACAGAAUAGACCAGGCCAAGACCUUGUGAAGUUAGAAAAGAAGGGAACCACCAGAGAUAGAAUAAGUAGACUCCUUAAGAACUGUGGCAACCCUGAAAAAUGGCCUACUUCACUGAGACCAGCCACGAAUGAACAAAGAAACCAAGAAAAUGUGUUUUGCAAACAGGGGAGUGGUUAAUCCAUCAGCUGUGCCACACCUAGUAAUGAACUUGGUACAGUCAAUUUGAGUCCAGUGUCCCUAGACACCAAAGUGGUGAAGGAGAAUGUCUCCCAAUUUCAGAGGGUUCCAUACUUUGAGUCUUACCAUGUGUUCUCAGGAACACUUUGUUAAACAUAGUAGAGGUUAAUUGGAUAAUUUAUGUUGAAUUGUCAAUUGGUUAGCUGAUAUGGGAAUAAUCAAUGGUUACUGUUAUUGUGAAGGACACAGUGGAUGGGUGUUCAUAAUCUGUUGUAUUAAUGAGGCACUCCCAAACCCUUCAGGAUUACCCCUAGAACUUUGAGGCGAAGAGUAGUCCAACUCUGAUACCCUCACCUUCAAGUAGGGUUGGGGUUGGGAGAGUGGUUCUCAUAACCUUGCUACAUGUGUUUGCUGGCUUGUAUUAGU